CUGCUGCCGGGAUUGGCUGCUGUGGGGGAGCAGCAGGAGCUGGCGAUGCUGUGGGCUGCCUUGGCUGUUCCUUCACCGCAGCCGGCGCAGGUUUUGGCGAUAAUGGUGCUGGCGUGACUGGGGCUGGCUGAGUUGGUUUGGCGCUUGCGGGCACAUUUGCAGGGUCCUUCCCUGCUGGGCCUGAGCUCCGAGGCUGUAAUACAGAUGGUGCUGGCUGACUGGGCACACUUGGCCCCUUGCCUUGCUGCAAAGCUGCAGGUUCAGUGGUGGAUGAUGGUGGUGGUGGACCUCCUUGCUUGGGAGCAGUUGAGGGUACACCUCCGGAUCCUGCAGGUGGAUUUGGUGCCGAUUUGGCUGGCGCGAGAGUUGCUUGCGACCCCGAUGGCUUUACUGGUGUCGUUCCAGUCGCAGGAUUAGAUCCAGGCCCAUAUGCUGGUGCAGGAGGUGGUGGAAUGUGCUUUCCCUUGCUGCUAACGCGACUGACAGAAAAAUGCCGAGCGCUCAAGGCUUCUGCGAGCCGCUUGGUAAUUAUCCUGCCACUAGAGGAGCUCAUGAUGUAUAGAAUAGCAGGCACCACGAACUGUAUUCAACUUCUUACUAUCUCAUCACAACAAGAAUGCUGACAAUUGAUGUGACCUUGUGUUCCAAAUCGAGUCUAUAGCAUUAUAUUCUUAGCUUCGAUGGCAAAGAUUG